GACUCCAUUGUCAAAGGAAAAGAACCAGCAACAAUGGUCUCUACACAAUUUGCAUACCGUACGGUCAAGGAAAUCGGUUUGACCGAGGCUCAGCCUACUUAUGCCCCCGUGAGUGGCUUCGAGAAGCCUACUGGCAACUUGCGAGUAGGUGUCUACAGUCCUGACGGUUCAUACUUCGCUUGGGCUUCCCCGGAGAAUGUUUCGGUAGUCAAGGCUGAGGAUGGUGCCAAGAUUGCUACCUUGGAUGUUCCAAAUGUGUUCGAAAUUGCGUUUUCGCCGAAGGGAACAUAUGUGCAGACUUGGCAAAGACCGUCGAAGGCCGAGGACGGUAAUGCUACAAAGAAUUUGCAAAUCUGGGAUGUGAAGAGCGGAACCCUGAAUUACGAGUUUGUGCAGAAGAACCAGACUGGAUGGAACUGCCAAUUUACGUUCGAUGAGAAGUACUGCGCCAGGUUGGUCACCAAUGAGGUUCAGAUUUUCGAGAGUGCAAAUAUGUCCAAGGGUGUAUGGAACAAGCUGAGAGUUGAGGGUAUCUCAGCAUUUGCCCUGUCACCAGGACAGAACUACGCACUCGCUUCAUUUCUUCCCGAGAGGAAGGGACAGCCUGCACGAGUGUGUGUAUACAACGUCCCCAGUUUCAUCCAGCCUGCUGCUCAGAAGACCUUCUUCAAGGCCGACAGCGUUAAGAUGACCUGGAACAAGCUCGGUACCAGUCUUUUGGUGCUCACUCAGACCGAGGUCGACAAGACCAACAAGAACUACUACGGAGAGACCAACCUUUACCUUCUCUCUAUUGCGGGAAACUUCGACUCAAGAGUGGUUCUCGACAAGGAGGGACCCAUUCACGACGUUACCUGGUCUCCUAACUCCAAGGAGUUCGGUGUCGUAUAUGGUUACAUGCCUGCUAAGACGACCGUUUUCAACCACCGCGCCAACGCCGUCAUUUCUCUCCCUCUCGCUCCCCGCAACACCAUCAUCUUCUCUCCUCAUGCGCGAUUUAUGAUUCUCGCUGGUUUCGGUAAUUUGCAGGGAACUAUGGAUAUCUACGACACCUUCCAGAACUACAAGAAGUUGUCAACAAUUGAGGCCAGCAAUGCAUCUGUGUGUGAGUGGAGUCCUGAUGGUCGUAUGAUCUUGACCGCCACCACCUCUCCUCGUCUCCGAGUAGACAACGGUGUUAAGCUCUGGCAUUACUCCGGACCUUUAAUCUACCAGGAGGAGAUGACUGAGCUGUACGCCGUUCACUGGCGCCCUCAGCCUGCUGAGUUGUACCCUCUCCGCACUGCUCUCUCCCCCGCUCCUGAGGUGCAUUCCUCGGUUGCUUCUGCUGCUACUCUGGCUGCUCCUCAAAGGCCUGCCGGUGCUUACCGUCCUCCUCAUCUCCGUGGUACUAGCACUCCUACGCACUUCAAGCGUGAGGACGAGGGUGGUGCACGACACGUUAUGGGCGAGGACCGUGCGCUUAAUGGUGCCACCAACGGACAGAGGCUUGUUCCCGGUGCUCACCGUACCGUUCCUGGUGCUGCUCCCGCUGCUGCUGCUCAGGAGCAGCUCUCGAAGAACGCGCUCAAGAACAAGAAGAAGCGUGAGGCUGCGAAGAAGGCUAAGGAGGAGGAGCAGCCUGAAGAAGUUGCCGUCCCUGAACCUGCUCCUGCUGCUGAUGAUGCGCCUGCGGCUGGUGCCGAGGACAAGAAGACCCGAGCUUUGUUGAAGAAGUUGAGGGCUAUCGAGGAGUUGAAGGUUCGUGUUGGAAAGGGUGAGAAGUUGGAGGAUACCCAGAUUAAGAAGAUCGCCACUGAAGAUCAGAUCCGGAAGGAGUUGGCUGCUCUCGGCUGGGACGAUUAG